AUGGUGCGUGUUGGUACCCGCCAGACGCGCAGUCCGUUGGUCACAUUGCCUGCGAUGAUGCAGACGGUUCGAACGUACGCCGAUAAGAUGGUCCAAGUGCCACAAAUGGCCGAGUCGAUAUCGGAGGGUACAUUGAAGCAGUUCUCGAAAGGGGUUGGGGAUUUUGUAGAGCAAGACGAGGAGCUUGCCACGAUCGAGACUGACAAGAUUGAUGUCGCCGUCAAUGCCCCUGAGGCUGGCACCAUCAAGGAGAUUCUCGUCGCGGAAGAAGAUACCGUCACAGUGGGACAAGACAUCAUCCGCAUGGAACCAGGUGGCGCUCCAUCCGGCGGAGACAAGGACUCGGGGUCAAAGAAGGGCGACGCAUCGGGCAAGGAUGCUAAGCCGAGAGAGACAAACGAGACAGAAACCUCUCAGCUCGCUGACAAAUCGCAACAAACCGAGGCUCCCGCCAAGGAGAACUCGAAGCCUACAGUUGAGGAAAGCAAGCCCAAGGAGCAGUCUCCAACAAAAACGAAGCCCGAGGAAAAGUCAAGCGCCCCCCCUCAAACAGCUGCCGCUCCAGGUGCUCGGGAGGAGAGACGGGUCAAGAUGAACCGAAUGCGCCUUCGAAUCGCCGAGAGGCUCAAGCAGUCGCAGAACACGGCCGCGUCAUUGACAACAUUCAACGAGGUUGACAUGUCUAACAUCAUGGAGUUCCGCAAACUUUACAAGGAUGAGACACUGAAGAAGACUGGCGUAAAGCUGGGCUUCAUGAGUGCAUUCUCCAAGGCAGCAGUACUUGCUAUGCGCGAUCUUCCUGCCAUCAACGCAUCUAUUGAAGGGCCCAACGGCGGUGAUACGAUUGUGUACCGGGACUAUGUUGACAUCAGCGUGGCGGUUGCGACUGAAAAGGGACUUGUGACGCCUGUCGCUCGCGACAACAAGCUCACAAUCGAGGACAUGGCAGGCGGUACUUUCACAAUCAGCAAUGGCGGUGUCUUUGGUUCAUUGAUGGGCACGCCGAUCAUCAACCUGCCUCAAAGCGCGGUCCUAGGCUUGCAUGCUAUCAAGGAGAAACCGGUUGCCGUGAACGGGAAGGUCGAGAUCAGGCCGAUGAUGUACCUCGCGUUGACGUAUGACCACCGUUUGUUAGAUGGGCGCGAGGCUGUGCAGUUUCUGGUCAAGAUCAAGGAGUACAUUGAGGACCCCCGUAGAAUGCUCUUGUAA